AGUUUAAUGCUCAUGUAUUUUUGUGAAUUUUUUAGCGUGCUUGGGACGUUGUCAGUUUUUUACUUUGGCAUUUUGGUGGUUGGGGAGUAUUUUGCGGUUGACGCAAAACCAUCCAACAUCAAAUGGGCCCCCAAAAGUGCCAUGGAUGUCAUCAGCCUGUUGCCCUCACUUGCAACUGGGUUUAUGUUUCAUGCUUCUGCGGUGCCAGUGUAUUCCUGUAUGAAGGAAAGGAAUUUGAAGACUUGGCGGUCAGUGAUUUUCAUAACAAUGGCUGUGAUCUACACUGUGACUGGAAUGGCUGGGAUUUUCGGAUACAUGACAUUUGGAGAUGAUGUAUCCUCAGAUAUUAUGCAGAACUAUGACCCAAGAAGACCUGAGAUUAUCGUAGGCCUUGUUGCUGUGAUGACUGCUCAGAUUAUGACUUUCCCCAUGCAUCUGUUUGUUGGAAGGUAUGUGAUGUGAAUACAUUUUUUUCAGUAUUU